GAGACCCCGGCAGUCGAAGAAUUUAGUUUACCACAACCGCCUUACUGCGGCACAGUGUCCACAGCUCAAGCAGAGUUCGACUCUGGUUCAAUUACCUAUGAAGAGGAAUACCCCUGGACAGCAUUGCUGCUAUACAAAAAUAAAAGGAAAGAAAAAUCGCAUAUUUAUUGUGGUGGCACACUUAUACACGAGCGUUUUGUGCUCACAGCGGCACAUUGCCUGCAUGAGCAAGAGCCGGAAUGGAAUUUGACUGGCGUGCGGAAUGGAAUUUGACUGCGAUGCUAUAACAAAUCGUAUUAUAGGUGGUGCUCAAACUGGUAUUGAAGAAUAUCCCUGGACUGCAUUGCUUUUAUACGCAAGUAAAAAUGCAUCGAUUGCAAUAAGAUGUGGUGGUUCUCUUAUUAAUAAAUAUUAUGUUAUUACCGCCGCACAUUGUACAGAAAUAAAUGGCGCACCUCUUAUUAAAGUUCGUUUGGGUGUUUGGGAUAUAACAGAAGAUGAAGAUUGUGAUUAUCGCCGUUGUAAGCCACCCGAACGGACUAUGGAGGUAUCUGUAAAUAACAUAAUAAAACAUCCAAGAUAUAAUCCAAGAAACUUAGAUUAUGACGCAGCAUUAUUACGUUUGGAGAAUCGUGUCGAAUACACUAGAUUUAUUAAACCCAUUUGUCUGUCAAUGGACGUGAGUCUACGUGGGAAACGAUACGAUGGAAAUAGUGUCACUAUCGUCGGUUGGGGUCUUACAGAAACGAAUCAAUUAAGUGAUAUUAAGUUAAAAGCUACUGUGCAGAUCGUUAAAAAGGAGUUCAUAUUGGGAAACAAUUGCAAACAGAUUAGAGCACGCGAAUAUAAAAUAUAUGCCACUGGUAAUGGCAAUGAUUCCUGUCAUGGCGAUUCCGGUGGACCACUUAUGAUCGAGGAAGAGGUAAAUGACAAUAGAAAUUGGUAUCUAAUCGGCAUAAUUUCAUACGGAACCUUAAAGAAUAUAUGUGGAACUGAGGAGUCUAUUGGCAUUUACGCGCGCGUCAGUUCCUUUUUGGAUUGGAUAAAUUAUACCAUAAGCACUUAAACAAUAUUAUUUACAAUUUGAAUAUGUAAAACCAUUGUAACCGUAAAUGUAUAAA